AAUAAAAUUUUGUUUAUCAGAGUACAGUUGUCAAGCUUGAGAUUAUUCUGUUAAUAACGUUUGCAAUGGUUUAAUCAAAUGUCAAAAUUUUUGUUCAACUGUCAUUUUGAAUUGUAUGGCUAUAGUUUAGAUGUAACGUCGUACAGAGUGGUGUAAUUGUAGUUCUGCAUGCUGUAUAGGAACCUAAAUACUCUGCGAGUGUAGUUUGUAAACUGACAAUUUACGGUAAAUGAACAGGGUAGGGCGAAAUGGAAGAACUACGGAUGGUCGUUCAAGACGAAGGAAAAUCGGCGAAACAUUCGAUUGCCUUUCACGUACCUCUUAACCAGACACAGCUAGACUCAGGGAAAGUACUAGUACGCAAACCUCCAUCAUCACCUAGACCGACAACAGAUUCAAAAAAAGAAGAUCCUUUGCAAAUCUGCAAAAGAGCCCAAGAGAAUUUAAAACCUGGCCCCCGUGUACGAUCGGCGUCAACAGGCAGGGACAAGAAAUCUGAACUUCAAGCAAGAUAUUGGGCAUUUUUAUUUGGAAAUCUUCAGAGAGCUGUUGAUGAGAUAUAUCAGACAUGUGAAACUGAUGAGAGUGUUUCUGAGUGUAAGGAGGUUAUUCUUGUCCUUGAUAACUACACACGUGAUUUCCAUAACUUAAUUGAAUGGUUCAAACUGAAGUGGGAAUAUGAAAACACACCACCUCCUCAACGGCCAACAUCUUAUGCAUGGGAAGUACGGAAGUCCUCUCCAGGAAAGGCUCGUAAUAUUCCUGUAGUAAACAAAUUUGAACGAACAGUGCAAGGAACAAGUUCAUCCUCUGUGGAAGCUGUAAAGCAGGAAGAGACUGUCUCUGUGAAGGUAUCACCUGUGGGCACUCAAGAAACAUCAUCUAAUGUAAACAGCACCACUGUACCAGCAUUGUCGACAGAUAUUGCUGAAGUGCAUACAGCAGAUAACGAAGAUGCCCAUCAGGCAAAAAAUGAUCCAGUCAAACAAAAUGACUCAAAAUUGGCCGGAUCAGUUGUUGAAGGUGUAGAGGUGAUUUCAAGCAGUGGACCUCAGACAGAUACAUUAAGAACUGAAGCUGAUGACAAAGGCAUUAGUGAUUUAGGUGAUGUGUUAGCUAGACAAAGAGACACUUCUGCUGAAACUGUAAAGAGUACGCAAAAAGAAACACACAUCAGAAAAUAUGAUGAGGUUGAGAGAUGUUCUGAAACUCCAGUUGACAAUUCAGAUGUGCCAAAAUGUGAAAAAAUCUGUUCAGAUCUUAAAAGUAGCAAUGGUGUUAGUUCCAUGAGGCAUACUUCUCAAGCAACAGAAGGAAGCAAUUUCAGAGAGGAUAAGGGCACAAGCACAUGUUCACUGCAGGAUGAGCCAGGAGGUCUUGUGCCCAGUGAAAGUGAAGUUGUGAUGGUCCAUCAGGCUUCACAGACAGAUAUGGAACAAUGUGUAGAGGAUUCUGAUGGCAUCCGGUUUGUGUCCAUCGUGGAACAGCCAGCACAUGAAUGUGACACUUCUCAUUCACAGUGUGCAGAAAACAAUGCUGUUGAUCCAGCAAAUGCAGCAGAAUCAACAGUAGUACAAGUCAGUACUUCUGUACCACAUGUGAGUGUAGCAGCUGUUCCUACUGCCAGUACGUCUUCAACAGUACCAGGACCAGCACUUUCAUCUGUAUCAGCUCCUCCUGCAGCAGCUUCAACUAUUGUGCCAGCACAACAACCAGCAGUGGCAACUCAGUUAGUGCCUCCAAGUACAGACAAAACAUCUGUGGUUUCUGGGAGAACUCUAUUACAGCUAUCGAAACCCUCUGCGAGGACUUCGAGUGCACCUCUCCCACGUUCUCAAUCUGUGUCAUCCACAAGACCACCUUACUCUGCAGUGUCGAGGAGUGCUACCCCUCGUAUUGCACCUCUCUCUGCAAGAGCAGUAGCUCCUGGCAGAGGCACUACCGCAGCUGUAGUGGCUGGGACAAGAGGAAUUUCCAGGCCUGGAAUGUCUCCACAACCUCUUCCCAGAGGCUUACCAAGUCCACACCUUGUCCGAAGCAGGACCUCUACAGAUGUCAGAUUUGGCAGAGGCACCAGUCUCCAACGACCAGUUAUGGAUGCAUCUUCCAAAGUUAACAGAAGCCCUCUAGCUCCAAGACAAGCACAUUCAGGGCAGAGUACCUCCCUUGGGACUGUAAGAGCAACAAGGCAGCUCAGUUCUGAUCGCCCGCAGGUUAGAACACCAAAUCAGCAGAGUCGGCAGGCAUGUGGUAUUCCUGGAAAGGAAAACUUAGUCAGGACACAGAAGAAUAGCCCUGUAGGGUCAAGUUCUUCAUUAAACAGCUCAACAUCUUCUGACAAGGUGAAGCAACCUACCACAGUCUCUGUUGAGGUUUUGCCACGCACUGCUGAUGAUGAUGAUACUCAAGGCUGGGAAACAGUGAAAGGCCGUUCCCGCUCAUCACGUGUAUCUCCAACGAGUAAGGUUGCUGCAGGGCAAGGACUCUCACGGCUCAGCGGUAUGAGGUACCGAGCACAGCUGCGUUUUAACCAGCCAACUGCUGCGUCGUCGCUUCCAGCAUUGGCACUUUCAGUGGUUGAAUCCAGCACUGAACUGACACCUGUUAAGGAGCAACGGAAGAAGACAAACAAUGUGAGCAGUUUCCGAACUGCAUCUGAGACAAAAAACUUUACCAAAACGAAAGAGCGGGAUGUGAAUACCCAGCAGAAAUCUCAUAAUGGAAAGAACAGUAAUCAUGUACAAGAGAAAAGCAAAUCUUCAGGCUCUCAGAAGAAGUUAAAUUCUGAAAAACCAGUGAUCGAUGGCCCUGUUUCAGUUGAAAUUACAAUUGAAUCAAAAAAUACUGAUUGUGAGCUGUCACUUUCAAAUGAGGAUGACAAUAACCACACAACAGAAGCCAUUAAGAACUUAAGAAAUAUAGAGAAUGGAAAAAUGAUUUUGGAAUCAAAAUUUGAGGACAUUCUGGAAGAGAAACAUUUAUUCAAUGAAGAAGAACUUCGCAAAAGCAAAGAGUUAUGUGCAGAAGAGGAAAUGCUUCGUAAAAAAAUACAUGAACUUCAGUCUACUGAGAUUGAAGUAGAUACUGAGACUGAUGAAACUGAAACAGAUGGUGAGGCCACAACUUGUCCCGAAGAUGAAAAUGGUAGAAUAGAUGAAGAAAUUGGAGUUGACAGCAUGUCACUGGAAGCCAGAUAUGAAAAUAUACUGGAAGGAAUGUCUUGGUCUGAACGAAUGGAUGCGUUAGAGCAGCUGCAAGAACUUGUUGCAAGGCACCCUGGACGAGCUCUUGAGCUUCACCAGAAACUGUCAUCUCCAUCACGUCGUCGCACUGUUCCUGAAACUUUGCGUCGCUUCCAAGCAAAACAGGCACAGGCCGAAGAAAAACGUGAGAAACUGAAACUGGAACGUAGUCAACGUCUUCGGGAACUUCUAAACAAGGUGGAAGAGGUAAAGGCUGCCCAGGCCCAACUCAUAGAGGAUAAAAGAAACCGCCUUGAAAUGAAGCUGAAACGUGCUGAAGUCAACCGUAAGCUGCACCUUCAAGGCAUUGUACGUAAGGCUCACGAUGAAGAGGAGAAACUGAAGGAGAUUGCAUUCAUCACUGAACUGUCAGCACAAAACAAGAGACACGAUUUUAUGGCUCAAUGCCAGGAACAAGAGGAACGACUCCAAGGCAUACAUGAAGAACGACAGAGAAAACAGGAAGAGAAAGCAGCUAAAGAGGCAGCUGCAGAAGAGAGGCGAAGACUUCUGGAGGCAGAGAGGCAGGAAAGAUUAGAAAAAAUGCAAGAACUUAGGAGAAAGAGAGAGGAAAGAGUUGGACGAAAACAGCAAGAAAAGGAAAAAGAAAGGCAAGAACAUGCAAGAGAAAGGGCAAGAGACCGAGAAGAACGUCUUUCAGCUUUGCAUGCAGCUCAGUUAGCCAAUCAAGAAGAGCUGCAAAAAAAGAUACAGCAGAAGCAGGAAGAUUCAGCACGUCGCCAUGAAGAAAAUAUUGAGCAGAUUCGACAGAAAGCCUUAGAAUCCAGCAUCCUCCGAUACUCAACUGAUGAUUUACCGCCAAGGCUGGCACCAUAUGAAACACUAAAAUUAUGUGAAAUCUGUAAUGUUUUGAUUGGUUCAGAAGUAUACUUACUGAGCCAUCUCCGUGGACGACAACACCAGGAAGCGUUGCAACAGAAGCAAGACGUUACAGCACUUUCAAGAGAGGAACUGCUGUCAUUCAGCAUAACACACAUUGUUGAUGCGCCAGCUGACAAGAUAGAUCCUCGAAUUGCACUUGAUAAGGAACGUCAGAAAGCACUCAAGAAGCGGUGCAAAAAGAUCCGUCUGCGAAUGGCUUCGAGAGGGCAGGAAUAUGAAUCCAAGAGGGAGAUUCCACAAAAAAUAGAGUCUCCAAAUAAAGUUCGCCUCCAGAAAUGUCUCCGUGAUGUUGAGAAGUUACACAACACACAAGGGAAAGGGCAGUGGCCAAAUAAUUCUGUAACAGCUCUUGAACGAGCCUUGGGUGAAGUGAACCGCAUCCUGUCCAAACAGAAUACGCUUGAUCAGUUGGCUUUCCAGGCACUGAAUGGUUUUACUGUGCUUUCAAACAUGCUUAAUUUGGCUAUGGAUGUACCUCCAAACAUGGCUCCAUACUUGUCUUCCAAAUGCUAUGUAACAGUUUGCACAUCAUAUACUCUUGCUUGUCAAGCAAAUGAAGUAAACUGCAAAUAUGUUUUGUUUAGCAAUAAAGUAAGCACAGUAUUGGACCUUCUUCACCACAGAUUAACAGAGCUGAUCCCAGACCGCGGCCGAGGUCUGGCGGUAAUCAGUGCCAGUGGAAAUGCGACGCUUCCUGUGGACAACUUGGCCGGAGCGUUGAUGAAGCUCUUGGCGCUCGUCCUUACCCACGCAGCGUCACCUGAGGACGGCCCUAAAGAUGACGUCACAGUCCGAAUACAAGAUGUGAUCAGCUACACUGUGAGCUUGGGCGUUGUGGACCGUCUGGCAGCCUACUGCGGGGGCGUCAGGGACCCUAUCGACAACGACCCCAACGGAGCCAACUUCCUACUAGCUGGUCUCGAGCUUCUGUCGACGCUUGCGGCUAGGUGCAGCGGCGCGGCGGACGGCGGCACGCAGCUGUCUGGCGCGCUGCAGGUGACGGAGCUGGUGGGCGCCGUGUCGAUGCUGUACGGCGCGCUGCUGCGCCAGGGCGCGCCCGCCGCCAAGCCGCCCCCGCCGCUGCCGCCCCACACCGUCAGCGUCGCGCUCGCCACCUUCCGCCUGCUCGGUCACGUCGCCGAGCUGCACCUGCCCAUGUUCCAGAGCGUGCUCGGCGCUGAGGGAAUCUCGCUGCAGUUCCGGCACAUAGCGUCCUACCUGCUAUGGUACUGCUCGCACGCGAGCGAGAACGACCUGCUGCACGAGGUUGUAAGAGUCGUCGGCUUUUUCGCAGUUCGCAAUCCGGACAACCAGAUGAUGUUGCAGUCGGGCAAUACGCCGACGGUGCUGCAGCAGCUGUGCGGGCUGCCGCUCGCCUACUUCAGCAGGCCGGAGCUGUCUGCGCUGCUCUUCCCCACGCUGCUCGCCUGCUGCUCCGGCAACCAGCAGAACAGGGCCAUCCUCGAGCAGGAGGUCAGCUACCAGCUGCUGGAGGAGUUCCGGCAGUCGGAGGCCGCCAAGAAGAGCCGCCUGGUAGCACUACUGGAUGCCAACAGCGACGCCUGAACCUGGGUGCAGCCUGCAGACGACCGACGGAUUGAUUACUUCUGUACUGGCUAAGGCAGCUCAACACUAAGUGGGGAUGCAUUUCCUCAGUCGGCUCAUAUUUUCUCAUUACUCCUCCAUUUCGCCGAAACGUAGUAACCAUUGUUAAAGCUAGAUAAUCUGUGUGUGGGCUUUAAUUGGGCUUUAAUUGUCUACUUACAUACUGAGGGCUUUUUUUCAGCUGUCGAACGUUGAAUACAAAGACUGAACUUUUCGCUGAUGUGAAAAUUGUUUCCUUACCAACAACAGUUUAUAAGCAAUAGACCUGUUUGUGACGCAUUGAUGCUGCGUCCUUUUAGGAGUAUCCUGUUCUGGAAUUUGUCUACGGUACUUCUUCCUACUCGGUUUUGUGACUAAUUUUCAUUCCUUGAAGUGCUCUGAUGGAACGAUUCUAGAUCAGUAACGCCAAAAACUGUACUUAGUUGUUAGGAACAUUAUAAGAAUUUAAUGAAAGUCAUUAAUACUAUUCGGUAUAUAAAGUAUAUCUAAAAAACUAUGUAGUAUGUGUAAAUAUAUGUAUAUUAAUUUACUUUAUAAUUCACCCUCAUUAAUAUUUUCGCGUGAUGAUAUAACCACACUAAGCAUUUUUUCCCCCUGAGACAUAGGAAUUUUAUGUGGUUUAACCACUCAAAGUAUGUGAUUAAUGGCAACAUAUGUGCUUCCUAUUCUAUGGAGCAGUAUUUUUCUUUAGGUUCCGAAGUAGUACCUGUAACAGUAACCUACACUUAAAAGCAUACAUGAAGUGCCUGGAUAAAAUAACUCGCAGCGGUAUGUUGAAAUAAGCAAUACAACUAAGGCUGGAGGUAUGAAAGUGUAAUGUGACUUUCAGGUGUAAUAUAAGUGAGCGAUGUACUAAAUUUACGUAAUUUCACUUUGCUUGCAUCUCUAUAACUAUUACCAUCCAGGAAAGAAUUUAAUGGUCGCUUAAUUGCAGAUUUUUGCAUACUGAGAUGAAAUAAUCAGUCUCUGUUAAUCAUGAAUCUACGAGGGACUUCGCAUUCACAGAUGGUCCUCAAGUAUUUCUCGAAUGAAGCAGAUUUAGCGUAAUUUACAUGCAACUAAUGACCUCUUUUUACAUCGAAACUUCAGAGCUUUAUGUAGCAUAUUUGUAUUUUUGAAAUGUUUUGUAAGUAUUAUAAUCCUUCCGGUCCCCCACAUGUGGCAAUCUUGUCAGUCCGUCUUGUAGAAAUUUGCUGUGAGCAUCAUAGUUGAAAUCGGUAAAGGUCAAUUAGUGUAACAGAAAACUGUUACGAAGCAUAAGAUUGUCUUCAUUACUUACCACAGAUUUUGGCGUAACAUAGGGUAUGUGAAAACGAUGCAAAGAAUCAUGAAGGUAGACAGUAUACUGUUAUACAAGAAUUCAGUAAAAUAAGAAUUUGUGUUAUGAGUAUUGUGUUGCCAGCAAGUAAUAAGUUUCUAAUCACAUGUAACCUUUUAUUUCAUCCUCGUAGUGUCCUUACCUAAUGUGUGGAAAAUAAUAGUAUCAAUUAAUUAUUGACACAUUUAGCAAGUAUUUAGUUAGCUUGAGAAGCACAAGAAUGUUUUCAGUAUUAUAUAUUUUAGCAUUUCUCAAAAGUGAAAUGUAACCUUGUUUAGCGUAUAUAUACUCCUAAUAAAAUUGUA